GCCGCCCUGCCGCCGCCGUGUAUUCUGGGAGUAGUCAGUAGAUCCAAGAUGGCGGCGAGCAGGAGGCUGCACAAGGAGCUUGAUGAAAUCCGCAAAUCUGGAAUGAAAAAUUUCCGUAACAUCCAAGUUGAUGACUCAAACAUAUUGACCUGGCAAGGCCUUAUUGUUCCUGACAACCCUCCAUACGACAAAGGAGCGUUCAGGAUCGAAAUCAUCUUUCCUGCUGAGUAUCCUUUUAAGCCCCCCAAGAUCACUUUUAAGACAAAGAUCUACCACCCCAAUAUCGAUGAGAAGGGCCAGGUGUGUCUGCCAGUCAUUAGUGCAGAGAACUGGAAGCCGGCUACCAAAACUGACCAAGUUAUCCAAUCCCUCAUCGCCCUGGUGAAUGACCCCCAGCCAGAACACCCUCUGAGGGCUGACCUAGCAGAAGAGUACUCAAAGGACCGUAAAAAAUUCUUUAAGAAUGCAGAAGAGUUUACAAAGAAACAUGGUGAAAAGCGACCAGUGGACUAAUACUUGACAGUGUGAUCCCCCCCCACUCCACCCCCUGCCCCCCCCUCACACACACGUCAUUCUAGCAAACCUGGAGCAGUGCAUUUCAGUCGCACCUCAAUCUCGAAGCAGGACUCUCUGUGGAUCGCGCACAAGUGGCACCCUUUGGUGUCAGCUUGUGGCUGUUACUAACUUUCUACUGUUUUCUUAAAAUCAAAAAAGGCAAAAAAAAAACCUGGUUAGAAAAUAACCUGUAAAGAUGGGGAUUACAAAAAAGUUUUAGUUCUGCUUUCCUUGUUUAAAAAAAAUCACUGCUUCAGUAGCGUAUGCAUAUGUGUCGCAGACAUUUUUUUGACUAAUGGUAACAAAGCCAGAUAUUAAGCCCUUCAGGAAACCAAACUUGUGGGAGUUAUGUUAAUCUUGUUUUUCUUCACUGUCCCAUCUUCUGUGUUAUAUCCCUCCCCAAAACAACAUGUCUUAGUAAAAAAAAAACAGCAAAAGUCCUGGAGGUGUGUGAGAAAUGUUUCAUAUUUCUUUUUAUAUUUGCUUCUAAAGUUGCACUUGAUCUGUGGAACUAGCCUUCUAACUUAUCCUUACUUUCAGUUUGUAAUAUGCCGGAUAAUUGGAUCUGCAGCCUAGUAUCAAUUUUGUCAUCAAUUCCAAUGUGUCAAAAAUAACAAAAGAAAAAAUGUGGGAUCGAACAGAAUUUUAAUAAGGUUUCUGUGCACUUCAAUACAUGGUUCUUCUCUCACAAUUGUAACUGUAUCCUUAGUAGUGCCGGCCAAUUUGGUAUUUCACAGCUUGCCAUUAAACAUGGUCAUGGUAAGGUUAUCCGAAACUUUUUAAGUGACGGGGCAGUAACAACACACACACAAAAAAAAAACCAACUGCAUACUUUAACAUUCAAAAAACGUUAUUGGAGAAUUUCUUAAAUUGGAAAAUAAAGUGAACAGAUACUACCCUUAAAUGCAAGCCCAUGAGAUGUAGAUUUACAGAAUAAAUUCCUAAGACUAGGUAAUAUAUAUUUUUAAUUCUAAAAAUAAUUGAUCUAAAUAUCGGUAGAAAUGUUUGCUUCGUAUUUUGCCUCCUCCAAAAAUUACAUUAGCUAGUGUGCAUCUUAGAUCUUAAAGUAUCUUAACUCCUUGUCAAUAAUCAGCUGUGUCUGGACUAAGCAUUGUAGUUGUAUGUGUUUAAUGGUUAAGCAUUUUUUCUUUUAGAUUGUACUUCACUUAUAUUUAUUUAAAUAGGAAUACACAGUGAAGUAUUGAACUUUUGCAUUGGCCCCUUUAAUGAGUCUAAUAUGCUGCUUUCUUACAUCUUUUUGUCCGUCAGCUUUUUUAGGUGGGAACUUGCUUUCUCGGGACUGUGUUUAUGAUGGCGACCAUUUUUGUUUUUACCUGUACAAUGGGGGGAGGGGGAACCCCCAGCAUGCCAGCCAUUACCAGAGCUGUCUGACUCGGUCCUCUCUUUUGUAAAGCUCAACGGAGCAUGGGUUCUGACCAGCCCGGCACACAGCAGUCAAUACAGCGACAGCAGUUCGAUGAUCAAGAAGUGAACAAGGGACAAAGGGGUGUUAAACUUAAUUUUGCUGAAUUUGGAAGAGGAACUGUAAAUUAAGUGUCAUCUGUAAUUUGGCCCAAUAUUUGAUAAUAAAGUAGGCUAACCGUUCACUGUUGUUUCUGGUUUUGGCACUAAGGUCUUGGUUUCUUACCAUUGGUUUAAUAAACAUUCUGAUCAAAGGCUUGACUUAACAAAGACAUGCUAAGUUUCUGAUUUGAGUCUCCUUCCCAGCUCCCUUUCUCUCUCUAAUAUAGCGUCUUGUUGAGGGAAGUAGAAAGACCAUCAGCCAUACUUAGGAAACGAGAAGGCAAUAAAUAAUAGCAAGAAUGAAGCUUUUGUUUUCUCAAGGAUCUAUUUCCUAGCAACUUGAAACAAUGCCUCCUCACUGCAGAGAAAACUAUUUUUAUCUAGAUCUGCCAGGAUCUAUCCUCCUGUCAUCCUUUGCAAAUCAGUGAAAAUGUCCAUGGAUGGGGUGGUUUUCCCAAAUCUUCUCUUAAGGUCAUGAGGUAUAAUUACAGUCGCAUAUUUUUAGCCCCCAAACAAAAAUAAUCUGUGCUGGCUUAGACGGUUUAAUUUUUUUUUUGUCUGAAGAUGAACAUUCCUUAUUGCCAUUACAUUUGUGUUGCAAUGAUUUAAUACUUCAACAUAAUUGUAAUCAUGUGACAUACAGUAAUUGCAGUUUAAAAUAAUAUCCUAUAAAACUAAGAACAAAGGCUCUUUUAUAUUCAUGGUCUAAAAGUUUUAAACAUCGAGUGCCUGUAUGGUGUGUACCCGGUAUUGCUGAGGAAUAAAUUUUGGACCAUGUAAGAAAUUCAGUUUCACAGGUGGGGUUGAUGAGUAACUCGUUUUCACCUUUUAUACGUAGGACAGUCUCAUCUUUAGUUUUAUGUCCCGGGAUUUCACAAUUGCCCCCUUCCUUUUGUACGUAUUUUCAUUUCACCUAGACCUCAAAUACGAAGUGAAUUUGUGAAAAGGGCAUUUUGUUCUUUUUUUUUUAAGGAAAGCGAGUUCAAGAUAUUUACACAAAUCCAGGGUGUAUUGAUGGGGGGGUUCUCCAGGGGUGGACAAGGUAUAUAAGCACUGAACCUGUGGAUGGAGGCAGGUCUAACUGUCCGGGUAUCCUUUUACAGGUGUGUAUAAUUACAUAGAACUACCACAGAGGGGAAGCAUACUACAGAUAGUACACAGGAGUAGAUGUAAGGCACCUGGUCUUGUUUCUGGGCUGCACUAUUAAACUAUUAAACUUGGUUUUGACUGAA